AAAACAAUGACUUGGUCCCACCUCUGCUUGAGACUGUGCUGGGAGACUAAGCAACCCUUAUGGCAAUGGGAUGUAAUAAUGUGCCAUUUUGGAAAAGUUGGACUACCUGCAGCCCAUGUUUGAGUCAAUAGUCUGUGCUUUUGAAUGUGAUGCAAUCAGGAAGUUACAAGUGAGCACUUCUUAAAUCCUCUCUUAAUCACAGUGGCCUGACUGCUCAGCCUAGUUUCAUGGCAAAACCCAAAACUGUCUCAAAAGCUGCCAUGAAAAAAAACAAACAACAAAAAACAUUUUAUGUCCAUGAAUGACAAGGGUUUUGGGGGGGGGGUUAGUUUGUUUAUGCUUUGUUUGUGUUUCCAGAGAUCAACACCACAUACACAUCACAUCAUCUGCAGAAUCUAGCUGUGUGUCUGCGAAGAGUGAUUGGUCCAAAGAGCAUAAUCCAAACUUCAGUGAUGAACCCGCAACCUUAGACAAAAAAGAGAAGAGUCAUGUUAGUGUGGAGGAGCAGCUGUCCUACUGUGCUUUGUGUCAGGACAUCCUGAAGGAUCCAGUCUCUACCAAUUGUAGACACUGGUUCUGCAGACAAGGGAGAGACUCCUUGUGUCCACAGUUUGGAUGCAGGUCCAGACUGCAGACCGCCAGUCAGAGAGGUUGUGCUCAAACAGAUGUUGGUCUGCAGGAGGUAUUAGAUGAACAUAAAAUCAGUCUAAGGAGGAGAUGUGAACAUGUGACUGAAGGAAGUGAUGAAACAGGAAGUGGGACUCUGCUCAACAGGAUCUACACUGAACUUUACAUCACAGAGGGACAGAGUGAAGAAGUUCAUACCCAACAUGAGGUGAGGCAGCUGGAGACAGCUUCCAAGACCAUCAAUGACACUCCAAUCAGGUGCCAGGACAUCUUUAAAGCUUUGGCUGACCAACAGAGACCCAUUAGAGUUGUUCUAACAAAUGGCAUUGCCGGCAUUGGAAAAACCUUCUCAGUACAGAAGUUCACUCUGGACUGGGGAGAAGGUUUGGAGAACCAAGACAUCAGUGUGGUGAUUCUGCUUUCAUUCAGGGAGCUGAACGUGAUCACAGAUGAGCAGUACAGUCUUCUAGAGCUGCUCCAUGUUUUCCAUCCAGCAUUACAGAAGGUCACAGCAGAGAAGCUCGCUGUCUGUAAACUUUUGUUCAUAUUUGACGGCCUGGAUGAAACCAGACUUUCAUUGGAUUUCACCAACAGGAAGCUUGUGUCUAAUGUCACACAGAAGUCAUCAGUCAGCGAGCUGCUGACAAACCUCAUCGAGGGGAAUCUGCUUCCCUUGGCUCUCGUCUGGAUAACUUCCCGACCUGCAGCAUCCAGUCAGAUCCCUACUAUAUGUGUUGACAGGGUAACAGAAGUACGAGGUUUCACUGACGCCCAGAAGGAGGAGUACUUCACGAGCAGAUUCAGUGAUGAAGAGCUGUCCAGCAGAAUCAUCUCCCACAUGAAGACAUCCAGGAGCCUCCACAUCAUGUGUAGAAUCCCAGUCUUCUGCUGGAUCACUGCUACAGUUCUGGAGCACAUGUUGACUACAGAGCAGAGAGGAGAGCUGCCCAAGACCCUGACUGACAUGUACUCACACUUCCUGCUCGUUCAGACAAAGAGAAAGAAGCACAAAUACCUCGAGGGACAUGAGACGAGUCCACAGGAGCUGAUGCAGGCUGACAGGGAUGUUCUCCUGAAGCUGGGGAGGCUGGCCUUUGAACAUCUGGAGAAAGGAAACAUCCUAUUUUACCAAGAAGACCUGGAGCAGUGUGGUCUGAAUGUCACAGAGGCCUCAGUGUACUCAGGCAUUUGUACAGAGACCUUAAAAAGAGAGUGUGCGAUCUUCAAGAAACCAGUCUACUGCUUUGUUCAUCUGAGCAUUCAGGAGUUUCUGGCUGCUGUCUACAUGUUCCACUGUUACAGCAACAGGAAGGAAGAGGUGCUGGAGAAGUUUCUGAGAAAUGAUUUUCCAGAUUUAUUUACUGAUGAUUUUGAUGAUGGUAUGCCCAUCUAUUUUCAAGAGGACUUUCUUUCCACUGUCAUGCAGAAAUCUCUCCAAAGUAAGAAUGGCCAACUGGAUCUAUUUGUCCGCUUUCUUCAUGGCCUGUCACUAGACUACAACCAGAGACUCUUAGGAGGUCUGCUCAAUAAGAUGGAGUACAGUCCAGAAAUUAUCCAGAGAGUCAUCAAUAAUCUGAAGAAGAUGAAGAGUGAUAAAAUCUCUCCUGAUAGAAGUAUCAACAUCUUUCAUUGUUUGAUGGAGAUGAAUGACUUCUCAGUACAUCAGGAGAUCCAAGAGUUCCUGAAAUCAGAAAACAGAUCAGAGAAGGAACUAUCUGACAUCCAUUGCUCAGCUCUGGCCUACAUGCUCCAGAUGUCAGAGGAGGUUCUGGAUGACCUGGACCUGAAUAAGUAUAAUACAUCAAAGGAGGGACAACGAAGACUUAUUCCAGCUAUAAGAAACUGCAGAAAGGCACGGCUUUCUAGCUGUGAACUCUCAGAAAGUCACUGUGAAAUUGUCGCAUCAGCUCUGAAGUCCAGUCCCUCCCAUCUAACAGGGCUGGACCUGAGUGGAGCCAAACUCCCUGAUUCAGCUUUGAAGCAGCUGUUUACUGGUCUAGAGAGUGCAAACUGUAGGCUUGAGACUCUAAGGUCAGUUCAUCAAGACUGUUUUUUAUUUUGAACAUAUUGUAAUAAUUUGAAUGUCAAUAUUCAAUUUAAUUUCAAUUCUGUUUUAUUUACAUAGUGCCAGAUCA